CCGGAGUCCAGGAGGUGGGAAUCGUCUCGCUUGCUUGUCCAGGAAAACAUGUUUUGAUCUUCAGGUAGCCGAUCUUAACAGUUUGUAUUUCUUCCUGGACAGUUGAAGAAUGGAGGAAACACUACUAAAAAUCAAUAAUGAACUGACAAGAAGUGAUCUUGAAAAACUAAAAUUUCUGAGCUCUGACAUCUUACCAUUAGGGAAUCGAGAAAACAUUCAGGAACCUCUAGCACUCUUCCAGGCACUCCAGAGAAGGCAAUUGUUGGACAACUAUUCCAUAUUAGAGGAACUUUUGUUCCUAAUAGGCCGAAAAGAUAUCUUGACCAACCAACUGAAUGUCAGGAAAGAGGAGGUGGAGAGAAAGCUUCAGCACUCAGACAGCCUGAAGGUUUCUCCCUAUAGAAAGCUACUAUUUAACAUUGCAGAAAACAUGACCGAUGAUUAUCUUGAAAGUUCUAAAUUUCUGCUCCAAAAAACGCUUCCACUAAGUAAACUCGAAGAUAUUAAGACUCCAUUAAAGCUUUUCACUGAAAUGGAGAAAAAUGGAAAUAUACAUAGAAAUGACCUUGAGAUAUUAAAGGAAAUUUUGCAGAACAUGAAUGCUGAGAGUCUGCUACAGCUUAUUAAAAACUAUGAAGCAAAAACAAAAGACCUGCCUGAAUCAGCAGCUACAGCACAACUGGAAAGUCGUUUGGGAGAUCUCAGACUUCAAUCAGGAAUUGCAGGCCAGGCUGCAUCUCCCCUAAAUGUACCUGAAGAAAGUGAAAUGAAAACACUACCACAGUCCAUGUCCCCUUAUAAGAUGGAGCAUGUACCCCAUGGAUAUGUUGUGAUCAUUAACAACAAAGAUUUUAGAGACCCUACUGAUGUCAGACUUGGGACAGAAAAAGAUGUAGACGCUCUGCGAAAAGUCUUUACGUGGCUUCAAUUCGAAGUGAAACUUCACAAGAACUUGGAUGCCAGUCAAUUGCACGAAGUCAUGAAGUAUUAUAGCAAAAAGGACUACACAGAUCAAGAUUCCUUCAUCUGCUGUAUCCUCUCGCAUGGCAAGAAAGGAGCGGUGUUGGGAACUGACUCUCAACCUGUAGCCAUCAAGAAGCUGCUGUCUUAUUUCACCACCAAAGAGUGCCUAACUCUGAAGGAUAAACCAAAACUAUUCUUUAUUCAGGCCUGCCAGAUUGAAAAGACAGAUUCUCCCCCAGAAAUGGAUGUUGAAUUUGAGUUGGAAGCAGAUGCCAUUGUCAGCAACCCCGCUCACGAAUGGUCUGAUAUGUUUAUUGGCAUGUCCACUGUGGAAGACUUUCCAGCGCAGAGGAAUAUUUAUCUAGGGAGCCCAUAUAUCCAGAAUCUCUGCCAAGAGCUUGAGGCUCACUGCCCUCAAAAGAAGGAGCUACUGGAGAUUAUGACAAAUGUGAACCAAAAAGUGGGUAACAGUAUCCAGAUGCCAGAAUUCAGGUCAACACUCCGAGGCCCUUUCAUCUUUCAGGUGCCAGAAGAGUCACAGAAAACCCCAAAUGGGCACUGAAAAUAUCUCCAUGACAAGUUCUUCCAGCAACCAUUUGCUCAUUAAGCUGAGCUACAUCUGAGCAAGGAAGAUGUAAAUAGCAUUGAGUUGAGGAUCAGGGAUAUUCUUAUGUCAAAAAAGUUCUCAGAAUCAAUGAUAUAUGUAAAACCCAGUGGAAUUGCUUGUUGGCUAUGGGAGGGGGGAGGAGGUAGGGGAAAGA